AUGAAAACUGUAACCGGCUUUGGCAAGUGUUAUGAAAUGCUUGCUAAAGAAUUUAUUGUGAAUAUCUAUAAGGAAUGUGAUAACAAGAGGAGCAAGGAGUUUAGAAAAGUGUAUGUUAGAGGAAGAUGUGUGGAUUUUUCUCCUGAAAUCAUAAAUAGGUUUUUGGGCAGAAAUGAAGAAGAACAAGCUGAAGUGGAAGUCUCCGACAAUUUUAUUUGCAGAGAGAUUACUGCUAAACAAGUAAAGGAAUGGCCAAGGAAAGGGAAGCCGUCAGCAAGGACCAAGUCAUGUUUUGAUUUUGGAUCAUAUGUAUUUGAUCAAACUACGAAGCAUGUUGCCUAUUUUGCUGUGAAGAUGCCAAUAGCCUUUCCCUCAUUGAUCUGUGGUGUUAUACUGAGACAACACCCAAGUAUUUUAAUCAGUUCUGACAGUAUCUGCAAAAGACAUCCUCAUCUAUCAUUACAUUAUAGGCUAUUCACUGGGAAACAUGUUCUAGAUAUUGUCAUGACAUCUGACCAGAAAUCUUCCAGGCCUACUACUAGAAUAGGCAUCCUUGUUGAUCUAAAAGAUACCUGUAAGACCUUGGAUGAAACUAUCAAAAGUUGUAUUAAGAGGAAGAGAAUGCUUGAAAUUUUGAUAAAGGCCUUGUCUGAUGAAGAAGGAAAUUUGAAAGGUGAUGGAACGUGUGAAGAAGAUGCAAAUGAAGAAGGUAUUGAUGCAAGUGAUGAUGAAGAAACUACCAACAAUGAUGAGGAUUGA